AUGGAGCUGACGUCAGAGGACUGCCAGUGGCGCAGCAAGAAUGGGCAUAGGUCGUGGUCAGUCAUCGAGCGAAAUGCAUCGCUGUCCUUGCUGGAAGGGGGCGAGUACGUGACGGGCUUCGAGUAUGUCAACGCAAAGCACGUCAACCUUGGCAUCAACACACCUCAUGGCAAGAAAGACAUUCUUGUCCUCAACACCGUGUGCAUGAGCGGUGCUAUCAACUUGCGGGUCUCCCCGCGCAAGGCCUUCGAAGCCAAGUUCCUGACAGGCCAAAUCCAAGCCGGCAACGCCAAAAGCCAGGAAAGGUUCCCAGUCGAGGAGAGCUGGCAAUCGCUAGGUGGGAGCGACAGCGCCGCAUCCUUCCUGAAGAAGAGCCAAGAGGAGAAACACCUGCUGGUGACCUCCUGCACUGGAGACGCUAAGACGAAAGCCGAGGACACCUGCUCGGAAUAUCUCGGCGAGGAGACGCGGGAGUCUGGGAGUUUCUUCGACGAUUGCGUCUUCGAUGUCUGCCGAGGAGGAGAGUCAUUCGCAAAAGCAGCGGCGGAACUGCGCUCACUCAUGUAG